UAAAAAGAAAAACAAUAAAUUGAAUUCAUCGCAGUUACACACAUGUAUGGCAUGUUAUAUGAAAGCGUUGCUUUUUUCAUUGAAAAGGAAUUUGGAAAAGAUAUCUGGAAACAGGUUUGCCAGAUAGUCGAUUGUAAGCAUAAUACUUUUAAAACGCACCAAAUUUAUCCGGACAAAUUAAUGCCCGACAUUGCCGCGGCAUUAGCAGCUUGCACUGGUGAAUCAGUAGACUACUGCAUGAACUUUUUCGGACGUUGUUUCGUUCGUUUUUUUAGUAACUUCGGUUAUGAUCGUAUGAUACGAUCCACGGGCCGUUACUAUUGUGACUUCUUGCAAUCCAUCGAUAACAUACAUUUGCAAAUGCGUUUUACUUACCCAAAAAUGAAAUCACCCUCCAUGCAGUUGAUUGAAGUUGAUGACGAAGGUGCCGUAAUGCUAUAUCGGAGUGGUCGCACUGGAAUGUCCAAAUACCUAACUGGUCAAUUUAUCGAAGUAGCUAAGGAGUUUUAUAAUUUACAUGUAGAUGUUCAAGUUUUAGAAUCUCAAAAUGAUAUCGCUGGCGGUACCGCUGGACCAAUCAAACUUACUAAUGCUUCCAGAGUAGUGAUUGUUAAAUAUCGUUUAAAUUUCGAUAACCGUGAUUAUAUGACCAAUUGCGUUAACAGUUCUAUACACCAAUCUCAACUGGAUUUAGCUGCAGUAGAUCUAAAUAUUUUGCUAGAUUUCUUUCCUUUUACCAUCGUUUUGAAUCGCGAUAUGAAAAUAGCUUAUGCUGGCGAGAAAAUCGUGGAAACUUGGAUUUUACACAAUCCUGAUGAAGAUCCAAAAAGUUUCAUUGGAUCUAAACUUGUACAACAUUUUAAAUGUCGUCGCCCCAAAGAUGUUCCAAUGGAGUGGGAUGAUAUUACGCAAAUGCGUACGGUACUCUUUGAAUUUGAACUAGUUCGCUCGAAUAAUAAAGACGUAGCAGCCGCUAAAGAAAUUGGAAUAUCGAUCUCGUCUAGCCGAAAGGAUUUGGAAACGAAUAAGCCAAUAUUAUUAAAGGGUCCUCUAUAUCAACUGAAAGAUAUCAAUUCUUUGAUUUAUUUGUGUAGCCCUUUAAUAGAAAAUCUGGAAGAAUUACACAGUUACGGCUUAUUCCUUAACGACUUGAACUCACACGGCCUAAGUCGUGAACUUGUUAUGGCCGGUUGGCAACAUGGCUCAACCUUGGAAAUGAUGUUCGAAAAGGAGGAAGUACGCUCUGACGAAUUAGAAAAGUCGCUAAAACUAUCCGAUUCUUGGAAGAAGCAAGGUGAUGAACUUUUAUAUUCGAUGAUACCGCGGCCAAUAGCUGAGCGCAUGCGAAAUGGAGAAGAGUCGACAUGCCAAACAUUUGAAGAAGUUUCCGUUAUAUUUAUAGAAAUUCUGGAUCUUUAUGUUGGCGACUCUAGUAACAUACAAAAUGCUAUGAAAGCAGUGAACACUUUGAACUCUGUUUUCUCCGCCAUUGAUGAGGAGAUUAUUUCACCUUUCAUUUAUAAAGUGGAGACAGUAGGAAUGGUGUAUAUGGCUGUUUCAGGAGCUCCGGAUAUAAACCCUCUUCACGCUGAGCACGCUUGUGAUUUGGCUUUACGUUUGAUACCAAAAAUACAAGCUUUAAAAUUGCCAGGCAUUUCCAUACGCAUUGGUAUCAAUUCGGGUCCGGUAGUGGCAGGUGUGGUUGGUUUAAAAGUACCGCGUUAUUGCUUAUUUGGUGAUACCGUUAAUACAGCUUCACGCAUGGAAAGCACUUCGGAACCUUACAAAAUCCAAUUAUCCAAUUACUCAGCCGAGAAAGUGAGCAAGGCAAACUAUAAACUUGAAUCACGUGGUUAUGUUAAAGUAAAAGGAAAAGGUGAAAUGGAAACAUUUUGGUUAUUAGAGGGGCCUAAUCAGUAAAUAUGAAUGUGUUCAACUUAGGAACAUUUUCUCUGCUUAAUUGUAAUUAAACUAAAUUUAACCGUUAAAUUACUUGAUGUUAAUAAAUUAAUGUAAUGUUAGAUUACAUGAUGCACAGGAUAACUCCUAUCUAAUUCAAUUAAUUUCUUUUAGGUUUGUUUUUUAAGUAUCAUAUUUUUCGAUUAUCGUUACAAAAUUUGUUUAGACAACUAUUUCCAGAAUCUACGCAAUUUAAAGCUAAUUCAUUAUAUUUGCGAAACAAGUCAGCAAACUGUCGAACGUCUUACAGUGUUCCAACCACUCAAUAUACUUCCACAAAAUUAGUGUUAACUUUCGCUAAUUUACAUUCAGUUUUUAUAACCAAUCAAAAACUCUUUACUUUUUGCCACUUAAUUUACUUAUACGUUGUAUAUUUCUAAUAUUAAGCUCAAAACAGAUUGCAUGACAAUAAUUUUAGCUCACAAAACUCUGUCGACAGAAUAAAAGCAUUUGAAUAAUUAUUAGUAUGUACUAGUACUCCGUCAUAUAUUUUCUCUCUCGUUUCUCGAUAAAACAGAUAUUUUCACCCUCUAUAUAUGCGGAAUAAUUUCUAAAAAUUUAGAUA